AUGGCCAUCUCAGAGCAACAGCCACAGAAGCCAUCUCACGACUCGCGCGUCCCACGAGGUCCUGUAACCGCCACCCUCAACUUCUACUCGCCGCCGUCCGACGGCUCCGCACCAUUCAACCACGUCGACACGCCGCCCGCGGGGCUCCCGCAGCGCAACUUUAGCGACGCGGCGCACGCCGUCCAGCUGCACGACGCGCGGGGCUCGGAAACCAGCUUCACGCUGGACAACGACGCGUUCGCUAUCGUGCAGAACGUGCCCCCGUCGGCCGAGAAAUCCUUCACCGACGACGACUCCAUCCGCGCCACCUACUACCCCGAAGUGAAACAAUUGCUGCUGUCCCAAAUCCCGGGCGCGGACAAGGUCGUCAUCUUCGACCACACGAUCCGGCGCACAUCGCCAUCGGCGCCGCGCGGGCCCGUGCAGCGCGUGCACGUCGACCAGACGGCGCCGUCGGCAGCGCAGCGCGUGCGGCGGCACCUAGACGCACUCGAAGCGGCGCGGGUCUUCGAAGGGGUGCGGUACCGGAUCGUCAACGUGUGGCGGCCGCUCAACACGAACCCGGUGGAGUCGUUCCCGCUGGCGUUUGCGUCGUCGGCGAGCGUGGCCGAUAGCGACGUGGUGCCCGUGCAGCACCGGUACGUGGCGACGGGGUACGUGGGCGAGACGGCGGCGAUCCGCAACGCGCCGGACCAGCAGUGGUACUAUCUCAGUGGCAUGACGGGCGACGAGCGCAUAUUGCUCGAGUGCUUUGACAGCGCGGCGCUCGUUCCGGGGUCCGGCGUCAAGGGCGGCCGUGUCGCGCACACGGCGUUUGCGGAUCCGCGGACGCGCGGCGAUGCCGAGGGCCGCGAGAGCAUCGAGGUGCGGGCGUUGGUGUUUGGGCCUUGA